AUCUUUCAUCUCUCUUCUCCACUCCUCUCUCAUUCUUUCAUUAAACCUCAACCCCUUCGCCAUUUCAACAUUCAAAACCCAUCAUGUUAACCAACCUCUCCCCUUUUAUGCCCUCUUCCUCUUAUUCUUCCACCAUCAGAUUCUUCAACAACAAACCCAAACACCUCUUUUCAAGUUUACCACCAUCACCGUCACCAUCUUCAACACCUUACUACUCCUCAUACCCAUCUUCCAAUCUCACUUUUCCCGACAAAAGACACUUUCUACAUGAAAAGAUUGGAAUUUCAAUCAGAAAUAGGGAAAAUUUCAAGGCUUCAGCAAUAGCUGGGUUUGAUUUUGGUGGAUUUCAGAGUGCUCAGUCUGUAAUCGAAGCUGUUUCGGUUUUGACUGCCAUCAUAGUUGUUCAUGAAAGUGGUCAUUUCUUGGCUGCUCAGCUUCAGGGGAUUCGUGUAAGUAAAUUUGCUGUUGGUUUUGGUCCUAUUUUAGCUAAAUUCAAUGCUAAUAAUGUCGAGUAUUCUUUAAGAGCUUUUCCUUUAGGUGGGUUUGUAGGGUUUCCUGAUAAUGAUCCUGAUAGUGAUAUCCCAGUAGAUGAUGAGAAUUUGUUGAAGAAUAGGCCUAUACUCGAUAGGAUCAUUGUUAUUUCAGCUGGUGUCAUUGCCAAUAUAGUCUUUGCAUAUAUCAUAAUCUUUGCACAGAUAGUGUUUGUUGGAUUGCCUGUUCAAGAAGCCUUCCCUGGUGUGAUUGUACCCGAGGUUCGCCCCUUUUCUGCUGCUUCCCGAGACGGGUUGCUUGCCGGUGACGUGAUUCUAUCAAUUAACGAGAUCGAAUUGCCCAAAACCGUACCGAAUUCUGUUUCUAAAGUUGUUGAUAUCAUCAAGAAAAACCCCAAAUCAGUGGUGUCGUUUAAGGUGAAUAGGGGAGGGAAAGAUUUCUUGAUUAACGUCACCCCAGAUCAGAAUAUGGAUGGCAGUGGCCGAAUCGGUGUUCAGUUAUCACCAAACGUUAGGAUUUUGAAGGAGAAACCGAAAGAUGUGUUGCAAGCUUUUAGUUUCACGGGUCGCGAAUUCUGGGGUCUAACAUUUAAUGUUGUGGACAGUUUAAAACAGACUUUUCUUAACUUUUCACAAUCGGCAAGCAAGGUUUCGGGUCCUGUUGCCAUCAUAGCAGUAGGUGCAGAAGUUGCGAAAUCAAACGUCGAUGGAUUGUACCAAUUUGCAGCCAUUUUGAAUAUUAAUCUUGCAGUAAUUAACCUUCUUCCUUUGCCUGCUUUAGAUGGGGGUUCUUUGGCCUUAAUUCUUGUGGAAGCAAUAAGAGGUGGGAGAAAACUCCCUUUAGAAGUAGAGCAAGGGAUAAUGUCAUCCGGGUUCACGCUUGUUUUCGUUCUUGGUCUUUUUCUAAUCAUUCGAGACACACUAAACCUCGAUUUCAUCAAAGACUUGUUGUGAUUCGUUCAAAAACGGUAGUUCUGAGAUCAAAUUUGGAGAUCUUCGUUAGCGACAAUAUUUUAAAUUCUUUCUGGUGUUCAAUAUAAGAAUCCUUCGCUUCGAGGUACGAUUUCAAUCCAAUCCAAUCCUGUACUAUUUGUGUUAUAUAUAAUUUGGAUCUUCCUUCAAUGUGAUUUAUGAUAUUACAGUAGCAUGGGAGAUAGAUAGAACAAGAUACCUCAUCAUACUUUAAUUUGUGUUGAUUAUAAAACCAUAUUCAUUUGCAAA